AGGCCAUGCAGCAUAAGUUCGAGACGAUAUAACAUGUUAGGACAUCAAAGGCCCCGAGUCGCUCCGCCGCAUAACCAGCAUGCCAAAGCGUACCGAUAUUGUAACCCGAGGACAUGGCCCCCGCACCCGUCCACAUGCUAGUUACGAAGCCUCGGUACAGUAUCGUACGUAGCUCGACUCACAGAACUGCCAUGCAAACUACAACCGCGGCAUCAACCUCAACCUCAACCUCCUCAACAGAACAAAUAGCGACUAAAAACCACCUAGCACUCAUCUAAAGCCUCACUAAUUACAUUCCAAGACGCUGCCUAAACCCCGGAGAGUGGAAAGCCAUCUGCAAGUAUUUUACAUCCCAUAGAUAUCAGCAACCUGGAGGAAUCCUUGAUUAGUUGAUUCUCUCGCUUAAGGGGCGUACAAGCUACAAGGCUUCCUGCCGCUAUUAGAAGCUUAAGGAAACAUUAUGGCAGAUAUUCGCAAGACGGUUUUAAUAACUGGUGCAGGAGUAGCCGGUAUCGGCGGCUCUCUCGCCAAAGAAUUUCAUCUAAGAGGCUAUCGUGUCUUUGCAACAGCUCGAGACCUCACUACGGUGCAGGAACUUUCAGAAAAAUACUCUAUAGAGACUUUGUACCUAGAUGUUACCUCUACCGAAAGUGUACGGGCAGCAGCCGAAGAGAUGUCACGACGUGCAGGCGGGAAGUUGGAUGUUCUUGUCAACAAUGCAGGUCUUGGGGUCGUAACACCCGCCACGGACCUCCUCAUUGAGACCGUCGUAAAGUCGAUGUUUGAAAUUAACGUUUUCGGUGUGAUGCGCAUGGUCCAGGAAUUUUCCGGGCUACUGAUUGCGGCAGAAGCCUUUCAACUAAUGAAAGCAUCACAGAUCGUCACUGGCGGCGUUAAGACAAAUAUAGCAAGGCACGGAACAACACUUCGGCCAGGAUCUAUCUACACGCCCAUCCUAGACUUCUUCCACAAAAGAGUUACCGAUUCGCAAGAUGGCGCAAUGGACCGAGAUGCCUACGCCCGCUCCGUCGUCGCGCAGGUGAUGAAACCAGAUUGGCGGAAGCCAGCUUGGUUCUGGGAAGGUAACAAGGCCAAAGUCGUCUGGUUCAUAUGGACAUUCUUGUGGAGCACGGCUUUUGACUUCCGAAUGAUGCGUGUGUUUGGAUUGUUCAAGCUGAAGAGGAUAGUUUCUGCGGAGAAGAGUAAGAAGGAUUAGAACCUGACUUCUGAAUGUCUGGUUACCUACGACAUGCGGUUAUGGGUUUUUUCCUCCGUAUUCUAUCCCGUUAGGAAUAGAGUGUCGGUGCUAGUUUUACUUCCCCCAUACCUACUGCUAUUGCACCGGAAAUCAGGUUUAUUGUGGCUUGGUGUUUUUCGGUCCUUUCGGCGUGGGACAUCAGAUCCGGGGCUUGGGUUCCACGGUUGUUGUGAAUUGUUUGGGAUGGUGGUGGGUUGCCUACCUACUUUUCUAGGUUCUUGCUAUUA